CACAAAACCCUAAAUCCAGUUCCAAACAAAAACCCUAAUUUCCUUUUCCUUUUAUUUUUUUGCCCUUCGCCCUUUUCACGCUCUUCCGGACACAAGCAACCCUAACCAGAAACAACUCUACUGGUGUUCCGGGCUUUAAUUGUGGGAAUGGAGGUGGGUAGGUUAAGCUCCGAUGUGGUUGCUCUGGAGAAGAUGAUGCUUUUCUCUGUUGUGGAGGCUUUGGUGGUGGAGGCCCUUUUGGCUGCUCAGAGAUCUAUUGCUUUCUUUCUCAUGGCGACAGGAACUCUGCUGAAUGAUGUUAAUGUGCUGCCAAACUUUACUGGGAUUGAUGGAAGAUGUACUCUCACUUGCAGUUUUCCCAUUGACGAGCUUCAUAGAAGGAAACGUCCCGGUCCAGAGAACAAAGAUGCUAGCGAUACGGACGACGAUGAUGAAGACGAUGACGAGGAUGAUGACCAGGACGAGGAAGAUGACGGGGGCGAUGAAGAUUUCUCGGGCGAAGAAGGUGGGGACGACGACGAUGAUGAGGAGGGGGAUCCUGAGGAUGGUCCGCCGGCGAAUGGAAACGGGGGAAAGGACGACGAGGAUGAAGACGAUGACGAUGACGACGAGGAUGAUGAUGGUGAUGAUGAAGACGAAGAUGAGGAAGAAGACGAGGAUGAAGAGGAUCAACCACCGGCUAAGAAGAGAAAGUGAAAGUUGUCGUAGGUCUUCGGUUAGUUUUUUUCCCCUUCUUUCUCUUCCUUUUUUGUUGGGAGAAAACCAGUAUGAAUUAGGUGGUGGUUUAGCUUGUCUUAGUAGAAGAGUAGGAAAUUAGACAUCCCGCUGUUUACUGUGAUGAAUGUUGCUGUGAUAUUAUGGAAUUAUAUUGGUGUUUCUGGAUUUUUAA